UUUGUUUUUCUCUGCUUGACAUGGCAAAAGAGAACUUAAUGUGAUUCUCAGUUUGAAUUCCUCCUUUCCGAAUAUUAUCAAAUAAUUAGCAAAUUAAUUGUAUUUGCGGUUAUAUUUGGGAUUAUUAGUUGAUGAAUAUGAGCAGCAUGCUUAAGGUUCCUACUACAAUGCUUAAGACAAUUCUACAGAGAACAUUAGAGAUCGAUAGAACAAGAUUAUGUCGUCAGCUUCAUCAAAACGUUGACAGGGGCAGUGCGAAAUUGAGCACCGAAUGCGGGGGUUCAUCGUAUCCUGUAUACGACCAUAAGUACGAUGCUGUUGUGGUAGGAGCUGGAGGAGCUGGUUUGCGAGCAGCUUUCGGUCUGGUGGCGCAGGGUUUCAAAACUGCCGUAGUCACAAAACUAUUCCCCACUAGAUCUCAUACGAUUGCUGCACAGGGUGGGAUUAAUGCUGCUCUAGGAAACAUGGAAGAAGAUAAUUGGCUCUGGCAUAUGUAUGAUACUGUGAAAGGAUCCGACUGGCUUGGUGACCAAGAUGCCAUACAUUAUAUGGCGAAAGAAGCACCUAACGCUGUUAUCGAACUGGAAAACUACGGUAUGCCAUUUUCACGUACUAAGGAUGGAAAAAUUUAUCAAAGAGCAUUUGGUGGUCAAUCCCUCAAGUUUGGUAAAGGAGGACAGGCACACAGGUGUUGUGCAGUAGCGGACAGAACAGGUCAUAGUAUGUUGCAUACUUUAUAUGGUCAAAGCUUACGAUAUGACUGCAAUUAUUUUAUUGAGUAUUUUGCUUUGGAUUUGAUAAUGGAAGAUGGGAUGUGCAAAGGAGUAAUUGCUCUUAAUUUGGAUGAUGGUACACUUCAUAGAUUCAAUGCUAAUAAUACCGUAUUAGCUUGCGGUGGUUAUGGAAGAGCUUACUUCUCCUGCACUUCAGCACACACUUGUACAGGCGACGGAACGGCUAUGGUUAGUCGUGCUGGACUUCCUUGUCAGGAUCUUGAAUUUGUGCAGUUUCACCCUACCGGUAUCUAUGGAGCUGGUUGUUUGAUGACAGAAGGUUGUCGUGGCGAGGGAGGGUAUUUAAUAAAUUCCGAAGGAGAAAGAUUCAUGGAAAGGUAUGCCCCAGUGGCUAAGGACUUGGCCUCUAGAGAUGUUGUUUCCAGAAGUAUGACUAUGGAAAUCAGAGAAGGUCGAGGUUGUGGACCGGAGAAAGAUCAUGUAUACCUACAAUUGCACCAUCUCCCUGCUGAACAGUUGCAGCAAAGAUUACCAGGUAUUUCAGAGACCGCUAUGAUAUUUGCUGGUGUAGAUGUUACCAGAGAGCCAAUACCUGUAAUACCGACGGUACACUAUAACAUGGGUGGAGUUCCCACUAAUUACAAAGGACAGGUUCUAGACCACAGGAAUGGUGCUGACGUCAUAAUUCCCGGACUGUAUGCUGCUGGUGAAGUAGCCAGUAAUUCAGUUCAUGGUGCUAACCGAUUGGGUGCGAAUUCCCUAUUGGAUAUCGUAGUGUUUGGAAGAGCUUGUGCUCUCACUAUCGGAGAGACGAAUAAACCUGGCGAUAAAGUGCCUGAAUUUUCAUCAAACGCCGGAGAAGCCAGUAUAGCCAAUUUAGAUUGGUGCAGGAAUGCAAAAGGUUCCACACCAACAGCUGAUCUCAGAUUGAAGAUGCAGAAAACUAUGCAAAAACAUGCGGCUGUUUUUAGAGAUGAAGAAUAUCUGAAAGAAGGAGUAGAUAAGAUGUCUGUUCACUACAAAGAAAUGAAGGAUCUCAAAGUUCAUGAUCGUAGUCUUAUUUGGAACAGCGAUCUCGUAGAAACACUUGAACUGCAGAAUCUGAUGCUCAAUGCCAUGCAGACCAUUGUUGGAGCAGAAAAUAGGAAGGAAAGUCGUGGUGCACACGCAAGAGAAGAUUACAAGAAAAGAAUCGACGAAUACGAUUAUUCCAAACCACUAGAGGGCCAAACAAAGAAGUCUUAUGAAGAACAUUGGCGCAAGCACACUCUAACCAACAUUAAUACAGAAACAGGAAACGUCGACAUCAGAUACAGGCCCGUCAUAGAUAAAACCCUUGAUUUGACUGAAUGUCCCACGGUACCUCCAGCUAUAAGAUCCUAUUAAAUUAUCGAUUUUAAGAUCGAAAAUAAAUUAUAUGAAAGAGGUAAAGAAGCGGAAGUUAAAUUAGGAUAAAGCCAAUGUAAGAUCAUCAUCGUCAUCAUUGAAAUCACCUCUUCAAUUUGAAUGAUUUUUUGAGGAAUGAAAGGUUUGUGAAAUUUUACCUCAUAAGCAUAAGUAUUGUCGCUUAGAAUCUUGCACAAACUAAAAUAGACAUUUACAAUGUAUAUCAGCCUUUAAAGAAGAUCAAACAAACUUUAGAAAAGUAUUUUUAUUGAAAUAUAUUGCUGAUCUGUUUUCAGUUUGAUUUUCAUUUGAAAUUGAUUCCUGAUUUUUAUUUAUUCUACAUAUAUUUAUUAACGAUCGAAUAUUGUUGAUGAUGAGUACCUACUUAUUUUUGAAUACAACUAUGAGAUGAAGUUAGUUCAUAUGGCUGUAUUCAAAAUGUUUGUGAUGUUAAUGAUAUAAAAUAAGAUGUAAAAUAAUGAUCAAGUGAAUAAAGGCAAAUAUUCGUUGUA